AGAACCAUGGUCAGAACGCUGAGAGCCAGUGAACAGCAGAAGUCUAACGUUAGCUCAGCCUCAGCUACUCAUUAGGACAGAGACAUUGAACUGAGAAGACGUUUGCUGUGAACAUUUCUGAAAGCAAAUGUUAACUUUCGGAUAGUACCGUUUGCUGGACUGUCUAGCGUUUCGGGGGCUAGCUUUCAGUUUACUUACUGGUGUUCUGCGGUGGAAAUAGGAAAAAUGUCGUCUCCAAGUCCGGGUAAAAGGCGAAUGGAUACCGACGUGGUGAAACUCAUUGAGAGCAAGCACGAAGUCACCAUCCUCAGUGGACUCAAUGAAUUUGUAGUGAAGUUUUUCGGACCACAAGGAACACCUUACGAGGGAGGCGUAUGGAAGGUGCGAGUAGAUCUUCCUGACAAAUAUCCUUUUAAAUCACCAUCAAUAGGAUUCAUGAACAAGAUUUUUCAUCCCAACAUUGACGAAGCGUCAGGGACAGUGUGCUUAGAUGUCAUCAACCAGACAUGGACAGCCCUUUAUGAUCUUACCAACAUCUUUGAGUCGUUCCUGCCGCAGCUGCUGGCUUACCCAAACCCCAUCGACCCCCUGAAUGGAGACGCAGCUGCCAUGUACCUUCACCGGCCAGAGGAGUACAAGCAAAAAAUCAAAGAGUACAUCCAGAAAUAUGCAACAGAGGAGGCUCUGAAGGAGCAGGAAGAGGGGGCAGGCGACUCUUCAUCUGAAAGCUCCAUGUCGGAUUUCUCAGAAGACGAGGCCCAGGACAUGGAGUUGUAGUGAUAGGAGGGCUCCCCCAUCCCGCCUCCUCCUUUAACCCCCACAGAGACUAUAUUUGAUUUCCUAACCAUGAGAAAGCAGACUUAUAAUAUUCAUAUUUAAACAAGUUGAUUUUUUUUUUUUUUAUUAUUAUUAUUACUACUAAACAAGGAUUUUUAUGGAUAUCUAGCCUUUGGUGUGUUUGACAGACACUCCUCCCAUUCAGUAGCUGUUUCUCCCUACACAGAUGUCGACAUUGUUUCACACUCUCUCCCUGUCAUCUCCGCAUUUUUAAGGUGUAAUGUAGGCGUAGACGGGAAACCUCCCCAAGAGCAUCUUAUUUCUUUACUCAAAUUUCAUUUUUUAAAAUAUAAAAAGUCUAUAUGUUUGACCUGAAUCCUAAUUUCCUUUUUUUUUUCCAGAAUUCUAAUUGAUUCUGACAAACAUUUUGUUAGUUGCUCCGCUACAGAGCUGCUUAGGUCUUGCUUGCCUGGGCGACAGCUCUACAUUAUUAUCCUGUAGUCAAGAGGGUUUUUUGAAGUGAACAAUCACACAGAAGGUGUCAUAGCACACCUUAUAUAAAAAUACUUAAAGUGUAGUGCCAAUAGACGCUCAUAAAUCAACCCUGAAUGCUUCCUAAGCAUAUCUUUUUCAACAUAUUGAUUGAGACACGUCAGUAAAAAUUAUGGCUUUGUUUCUCGUUUAGUUCGGAUGAUACCUUGGUAUGUUACUUAACUUUAUGUUACUCUUUGUUAACUUGCUGCAGCUGCCUGUCUACAUGUGCCGCUGUGCAUGGCAAAAUAAAUGCUUAACAAGGUCAGGUCUUGGAAAACAAAUGCAUUACAGGGUGAGGGACAGUGUGGUGACAAAGAUGUGUUGGGUGCUUUUGGUGUUUAUUUGUGGAACGUACACUAGCUGCAUAAACUGUAUGGAAGACUCAAUCACAAAGGAAAUGAAGAAGGGAGUGGCCUUUGUGGAGAUUCUGGUCAGAGUCACUUGGUAUGAUGGGACCUGGAAAUAGCCCAGAGCUACCCUUUAACCAUCUAACCAUAUGGAUUUCAUUCGUGCAGCUCACAGUAGUUUUCUGUCAGGAGGUGCACCAAACAUUCUCAUUGUGCACGAUGCCACUGGCAUUCAAUCACCUGUCCUGCUUUAAAAACACAUUGCUGUUAGUAUUAUUGGUCAAUAACAACUUUUCAGGUAGAUAAAUAAUGUAAUUAUCACCUGUUCUGGUGAAUUUAGAAAACCAGCACCAAAUCAGUUUUUAUUUUAGUGAACAGCAAAAGAAAUGGUCAUAUGGUUAUUGAGUGGAUCUGAGUAAAAAAAUGAAGUGAUUUAUUGAAGAUUCCGGUUAGUGUAGUAUCGGCCCUCCUCACAUUCCACUGUUACAUGGAGUUUGCUCCAAUGCAUGCCCUUCAUAUUGGUCUGACCUGUGGUAUGUACCCCGACUGCAUCAAUUGGACCCCCACACUUUGUCUGCCUACCAGGACACCUAUUUGGAUCACUAGUUUGAAGAAGAUAACAAAAUAAGAGCUAAAUGUAUAACAUUUAGGCUUGUAGCAAAUUCCGUUGAGAAUUAAUUUCUUAUGUAUAGAUUAGACUUAUCUAAAAAAAAAAGAAAUAGCAUGUUACUCAUUGUUGAUUCAAUGUGGCGGGAUAACAUGUAAAUCCAUGAUACGUGGAAAGAAUACAGUGAUGAGACACUGUUCUGUGGUCUCGUGAAACCUCUGUUUAACCCAAAACGCUGGCCGAGUGUUGCUUGUCGAGGCAAACGUGGCAGUCAAACUAUCUAGAAAACCCUGAAAAGUAUUCACUUCAUAGAUUGCAGUAAGAAUCACUGGUUGCUUUGUGGGAGAUUCAAAGCUAAAACCUACUCCGAAGGUUACCUUAUCACCUCUGAUCUCGACUCCCUCUUCCUGUGCCUCAUCGCAAAAGGAAGGGUGAAGAAGCGUUAAAGAAGUCCCCUAAACCGUUAUUCCAAAAAGCCAUGCAGGUUAAGUUUUUUUUUUAAGUCAUCCUACUUUGAUUCUCCUCUUUCUGCAAUGUGACGCUGCGCAAUUUGUGAUUUGAAAUCUAUUUUUUCACUCUGUUGCAGAAAAGGGGGAUUGCCCAUGGCUGAGUGACGUUGGGUUUAUUUGAGCUAAUGUAGGAUCGUUAGACUUUUCUGGCUCAGGUUUGAAAUACAGUUUGGUUGUAUCUUGCAUAGUAAUUAACAUUUUCACCCAGGACUUGUUGAAAGGAUGGGAUUCAUGCUAAUAUUUGUUGAACUGUGUUUUUGACAGGGUAGUUAGUUUUGCUCGGUGUUGACUUCAACUAAACAACAUAUGCUAUAUGGCUGUAUUACAGAUAGAGUUAGCUAGUUUGAUAUACUUACCUGAUAAAGCAUUCAUUGUUCAUCUGAUUUUUAGUUAGUGUCUGUCGUGUGGUUAAAUGUAAGAUACUCCAUAGACAUGCCUGCUUGUCCUCUUCUUGCAGAGUUGUACAGAUGAGUGUGAGUGAUUUCAAACUAGGGUGAUGUUUGACCUGUAGUGAGCCUGGUAGAUCUAACUGUACAGAAUUCAGAAGUGUGGUUCAGCCCUUUUCAAGACAUUGAAUUUUCUCCAAAAACACAAUUCUAUGCUCAUAAUCAUAAUAAUAAUAAUAAUAAUAAUAAUUUCUCUCACCCAGCCCGGGGAGGUUUUGAAUGUUAGCUCGGGGUUAGCUUCCAGGAGGAUGCAGCCAUUUUAACUGUUGGAAAGCUAACUUUUGUGAUACUUCAACAUGUUCAAGGCAGUAUGAAGCUAUGUGAAUGUUUUCGUGUUUUCUGAGUGUUUGUGGUCCACAUCCACUCAAACAGAACAAACCUACAAACUGUAUGCAGAUUCCCACUCUCAUAAUUGGCUUGUGUUUUCUCCCUAAGCAGCCUGUAAAUGUUUGUUUAUCCAGUAGAGAUGCCUUCUUUUGUUUUUUAAUCUUGGCCGCCAAGCACCUCUGUUCUAAGUUAUGGUUCAGCUAAAUUAUCACCGUGAUAAGAACUUGAUCUUGAGUUGUUGUUUUUUUUCUCUUAAGUAAUUCAGAUUGAAAUUCUUGUUUUACUUUACAUUUGUGCAGUAUUGUAUGCGAGUGCUGAAGAUACAGUAUAUCCAAGUUGAGAAUUGUAAUAAAAUAGCACAUAAUGAUGCAAUUGUGCAACAGGGAACUAAUGAUAUUCUUUGUUUUUUCAAAAAAAUGACUUUUGUGUUUGGGUAAAAUCAUAGGUUUGGUUUUUGGCAUCUGCUGGGCAAUAAACUGAUGAUAUACUCAGCUGUGGCCUGGUUUUGCUCCGGUAAACAUGACAACCAUCUGAUCUUCACUUUUUUUUUUUUUUACUCCACAUUUACUCAUUCAAGGUCAAAAGAAAUAACUACUGCCUUUGUGUUUCAGGUUGUCUUUAACUCGAGUCAAGAACUAAAGAAAAUUUCCUCAAACCAGUGAAUGAUUAUGCUUCCCAUUGCAACUUGAAUUCUAAAUUAUUUUUGAAAAAAUAAAAUGUUUAUUGUGCUUUUAUUUAAUUUCCCUUUGGCUUUCACCCCUCCUCCUCGUCUGCUCUAAGACCACAGGUGUACAGAUAACAAUGUCUUAACUACCCACAGUUUUAAACAGCAACUCCAGACAACCACAAUAACACGAUUGACGGCGCUUCAAAUUUCUACAUUUCUACUGCAGAGAAGGUCCAGUCCAAAGCCAUAGCCCCACAUCUGUACUCACACUCCCCCACACCCUGCCAGAUACAAUAAGGAUGAAGGGCCUCGCUAAGCAAAUGGCCUGCUCUAUCUUUAAUCCAUAGACAGGACAUCCAGGGCCUGUUCUCAGUUUUAUCAGCACAUCUGCAGAGAGCCAGCACCCUGAUCCUGUAAUGUCACCUCCCUCUGUGUGUUGACUGUGUCUCGUUAUGCACUUGCAUGCUUCUGGUGUGGAGUCGAGGCUCGCUUGGUGCACACCUCCCAUUCUGUUUCGGGCUUGUGUUUGUGGCCUACUGCUGCCAUCAGGGGAUUUAGCAGGCCCACACAGCAUGGAAAAUGGCAGUUUUUUUUUUUUUUUUUGUUAUAGAAAUUAUGUAUUUGUUACCUAGUGUGUGAUACUUGAGGGUUAAAAAGUCAAAAGGUUUUUUUCUUUUUCUUUUUUUUUUUGAAAAGUCCAUCCUUGGUCUUAUUUUUAUCACCCUCUUUGCCCUCAUGUUUUUUCUUUGCAUUGUGAAGUGGGCAUGCUUGUCAAAAAGACAUGCUCUCUAUUAAUAUGCUUAUAACCUCAUAAAUAGUUGUGUAUAAAAUAAACUGUUAUAACUUCUUUUUUAAUAAAACAUUCAAUGUGUAUGAAA